ACAACACACUCUCUCAGUUCUCCACGACUUGUGAUCAUCCCAUAUAUAAUUAAAGGUUCUUGACAAAGUGACUAACAUGUCUGACGCCACUUUCCGGUCGUCGGAGUCGCCGGAGAUGGAAUUCCCCGACCAGUCAAGCUUCAACCUCUCGGAUCAGUUCUUUACGUUCGAAGGGUGGUUGGAGGGUGAUGAUCCUGCCCUUAUUUCGCCCAAGUAUCAGCAUAGUCAAUCAUAUAUGCCCGUCGUAGAGAUUGGCAACUCGAACACCCGAACUGUUACCCACCAUGAAGGGCCCAGUUCUAGUGAGAGUGGGAGGGAAAGGAAGGAUGUUAAGGAAAGGUUUGCAUUCAAGACAAAGUCCGAGGUGGAGAUUUUGGACGACGGCUACAAAUGGAGAAAAUAUGGGAAGAAAAUGGUAAAGAAUAGCCCAAACCCAAGGAACUACUACAAGUGUGCAGUUGAAGGCUGCUCCGUGAAGAAGAGAGUCGAGAGAGACAGGGAAGACCCAAAUUACGUAAUAACAACAUACGAAGGCAUCCACAAUCACCAAGGCCCUUAGCCGGUAUGAUUGUGAAGGAAUAGGCUGAACUCCGAGGAGAGACUCUGCACUGGUAUUUCUGAAUCAGAGUCUGAGACUGUAUUCUUUAAUUCUCCCUUUAAAAUUUUAGUAUACCGUUGAAUCCAUGUAGUUUACUUGUCAAAGAUCUAUAUAUGUAAUGACGAUGUCGAGAAAAUACAGGUUUUAGUCAGUUCCGCAUA